UUGCAAAAGAUUCGUACGGUAGCACUCCAAUUUCAUGCUAAAUUCAAAAUGGCGGACGUUUUGCAAGUAACGAAGGAAGACGACGAUGAUUUCGAAAUCGACGAGGAGGGAGACCAGGGCCUUCAAAAGCUUAAAGAAAAGGCAAAAAAGAGGAAAGGCAGAGGAUUUGGUGGAGAGGGCCCCACGCGCAGCGGAGUCGAUCAGUAUGAAGGAAUGGAAGUUGAAUAUGAUGAGUCUGAGGGACCCGGACCUCAGAGAUCUGUGGAAGGAUGGAUUCUUUUUGUCACUGGUGUCCAUGAAGAGUCUCAGGAGGAUGACAUCUACGAGAAGUUUGGGGAGUAUGGAGAGAUCAAGAACAUGCACUUGAACCUGGACAGACGAACAGGUUUUCUCAAGGGAUACGCUUUGGUGGAAUACGAAACGUUCAAAGAGGCCCAGAAUGCAAUGGACGCCCUGAAUGGUACUGAGAUUUUAGGUCAGAAAAUAAGUGUGGACUGGGCGUUUGUCAGAGGACCAAGAAAAGACAGAUCCAAAAGAGAUGACAGAAGAAGGAGAUAAUCUGUUGUUGUUGUUUUGUUUUUUUGUGUGUGUGUAUUUUAUUGAAUGUUUGGUUAUGAACAAGAAGCAGAUUCUUGAAAAUUGCCCAACAGUAAGCUAGUAAUGGAUAUUAUGGGGUGUAAAAUUAAAUCAUUGGUGAAAACUGAACUUUCAUUUUGUUGUGUUUCCCCCCAUUACCUCAUUAUACUGUUCUGCUUUAAUGUUGUUUUAUGGUCUUGAAGAGGGUGGGGGUGUCUCUCUAAAUUGUGUUCAUUUAAUAGAAAUGGGUUUGAUGAUAAGUUAACUUUUUCACUGCCAGUGUUGAGUAGACUCACUACCUCUCAACUGCCUUUGUUUCCCCUCACAAAGCUGCGGACUGAAAUAAUAAUGGUUUCUGAUGGGGAAACUGAAGAGUGAAGGGGUUAAAGCAUAAUGGAGACUCCAGGGGUUACUCCUGAAAGCUUGGCUGUUUUUGAAUUGUUAUAUAGCGAUCAGAGUUCAUGGAUAUUUUAAUGAGAGGGAUAGGGGGAUAUUUUUUUAAUAAUUAGUUUCCAAAAGUGUUGUUAAGUGCGUCAGCAGCUUUCAUCAUUCAUAUUCAUAAAUAUUAUGUACUUUUUGAUGAACUUUCAUUGUUUAUUAAACAGUAAUAAACUUUCUA